AUGGAUCCUGAGCAGAUUGAGCCAACUGAAACGGAUGAUUCCGUGUCGGAGGCCUCUGUGACUACCGACCAAACAGGGGAAAGCUGGGAGAAUGUUGGGAUGGCCUCGGGAGAUGAAGAUGAAGAGGAUGCAGGGGCCGGCGGCGACGCUGCGGCCGCUUUGCCCGACCCUGCGGACGACGCUCUGCCACCAAUGGUGGCAGGAACACUCACACUGCCGCCAUCUUCUGUGGCCGCAUCGCCCACAUUGUCACAGCGAAAUUCGGAAAUCCAGGUGGGCCGCGGAUGA